UCAUAACUAACGUCCGUCUUGUUACAUGCGAUCGUAUCGUAGUUUAUAAAUGUAACAAGUAAAAUAUUCAGUUUAGAACACCGAACCGAAAAGAAUUAGUCAGUUCUUUUUUUUAUGUUUAUUGUUUCGUGGAGUUACAUUGUGAGUUGUUUAUCGAUCUUUUUUUUAUGGAGAUCUCAAAGUUUUCUUCGUAAUUUACAAUGUUAUUUUUAAAAGUAGGGCAACGACCAUCGAGCAAGACGAACUCAAUUACAAGUUAGCAAACAAAAGCAAGGAAAUCAACCCAUCGUUCUUUGUUAUCAUUUGAUAGUGAAUUUAUCAUUUAUCUCGUAACUUUGGCCUGAUAGCAAACAAAACAAUGUCAGACGGUGGCGAACGUUGUGACGAAUUUACGUGAAAUUGAGAUAUUUUGGUGUUAAUAUGGAAGAAUUUUUAGAUGUGAAAUAUGUGAUGGUCGGUUCGGAGAAUUUUGAGGAUUAUCUAAUUUUUAUAGGUGUAGGCUACAUAGCUAGGAAGGCUGCACUCACACUUCGUCCUACGCACAGUCUAACAUUAAACGAGAACGGUACUUAUACAUUCAGUUUUAGUUCAAGAUUGGUGAAUUCUUCCGUCACAUUUGCUUUAGGAGUGGAAUUUGAUGAGGUGAAACCGGACGGUAUUAAGGUAAAGAGCGUUAUCACAAUAGAGGAUAAUAAAAUGAUACACAUACAGAGGGAAGAGAACGGCAGAACUUCGAAACAUAUACGUGAAUUUUUUCAUGAUAAAAUGAUAGCGACGACUACCGCUGAAGGUUUAGACAAAAUUGUCAAGAGAUUCUUUGAAGCAGUUCGGUGAUAAAUGAAUGAUAACGUUACAAGAAAAAUAGAGUACAAGUUUAAUUAUUUAGUUUAAGGACUCGUAUACUCAUUUAUAUUGUUUAAUUUAUAAAUUUGGUACAUGU